AACUCUGACUGCAUUUCUGCAAUCACCACGACCGUUCGAGAUAGACAGACAACUAACACAUCAACAGAGAAACAAAGAAAGAAAGAGAGAAAAAUAGAGAAAAUAGAGAGAGAGAGAGAGAGUCAUUUAUUAACAACCCCAUAACCCAAAAAUCAGAGACCUAACUCAUUCCCCAAAAUGUACCCAAUGCUUUCGUACCAAAGCUUUCUUUUUUCUCUCACCCAUCUCUAUUAUCACUACCCUCCUCUCUACUACUAUCACAUUCACACCUCUUUUUUUUUCUUCUUCUUCAUCGUUGAUCAUCAUUACUCACUUUUCAUCCAUCUGGGUCUACCUCAUAAUCAAUUUUUUUCUACUCAUCUAUCAUAUAUGUAUAUGUAAUAUAUGUAAUGUGUAAGGGAUUUUGACAGAACUUUUGGGUCUGGACCCGUAAUUAUCUUUAACCACCAAUGUCAGUUACCCACUUAAUUAUUUCCUCUGUCUUCUUCUCUCUCACAAUCUUCCUUCCGUUUCCAUUUCCACCCCCAUUUCUCUCUCCUCUCUCUUCUGUCUCUCUCUACCUAAUACUACUGCUGCUAGUCCAUUAUUGCUACUACUGAUUCAAUUAGUGCUACUUAAUGGUGACUGUGAGACUGAGUAGUACUAUUGAUAUAUGUAUGUAUCUAUUGGGUAGUUCAGUAUAUAUGUAAAUAUGUUGUGUUAGUUGGUGAGUGAGUGAGUGAGUGAGUGAGUGAUGGCUGGUUCUUCUUCUUCUUCUUCUUCGGUGGUGCCGUCGUUGCCGCCGCCGAGGCCCAAGUCGCCGCCGGAGUAUCCGGAUUUGUAUGGGAAGCGUAGGGAGCUUGCUAAGGUUCAGAUAUUGGAGAGAGAGAUUACUUUUCUUGAGGGGGAACUAAAGUUUGUUGGAAACCUUCAACCUGCUUCCCAGUGCUGUAAAGAGGUUGCUGAUUUCAUGGUGGCAAAUUCAGAUCCUUUCAUACCUACAAGUCAAAAGACUCGUAGGUCUUGUCAUUUCUGGAAGUGGCUAUGCGGAGCACCAUGUUUUAACUUCUCAUGGAUUUGCUGUUUUGGGUGCACUCCUCAUCUUGAAAUGCCGCACUGCUGCGAUUGCAAUUUAUGCAACUGCUGUUCAUGUGUUCAUUGUUGUUCAAUACCAAAAUGCGCAUGUUGUUCAAUACCAAAAUGCCGAUGCCGAUGCCGAUGCCGAUGUUCAAUACCAAAAUGCCGAUGUUGUUCUUGGCCACGCUCCCAAUGCUUUGACAAGAUCUCGUGCAGCUUGUGCAACAUCAAAUGUUGCUUUCCACGACGAUGCCCUUCCUGCCCAGAUUGCUCUUGUCGAUGGAGAUGCUCUUGUCCCAAAUGUCCAAAGGACAUGUGGUGAGUAGAGUUGUAAACGAGUUGAGUGGAUUCACUUUGGACUCAUAUGAGUGGUUUGAUCGACUGGUCCAUUCUGAGGCUGAGAGGUGGGGGUGCCUUCAUAAGUUGGAUGGCCUAGCGUUGUUUAUUUGUUGGUCCAAAGUUCUUAGAGGUUCUUCCAUAGGUGAUUUGCACUCUUUUCUUUGUAAUGUUCGAGUAGGGUUGUGAACUGAACCAAGUUACUCGUGUUCCGCUUGUUAAAAGUUUGUUGAUACGCUUGUUUUGACAAAUUUUCAAACUUGUUAAGUUGUUAAGCCAAGCUUGAACAUCCAGAUACUUGGCUCAACUCGAUUACAUAAA